AUGAAGGUGACGUUCUUCGGACGGCGGUCGAUCCAGUGGGUUCCUACCCCCGAGGAGUUCAACGCAUUAGUCGGCGCUGGUCAUGGAAAUCUCAACGUUGAGGUUGGUGCAGCCCUUGGGGAUAUCAACGCUGUCCUCCAUAAUUUCAACGCCGAGAUCAACAUUGCACCAUUGGCAGAUCCGCGAUUUCUCGACUAUUUGCGGGACGAAAUCAACAAGCCAAUCCAAGAACCGCAAAACCUAUCGCCGACGGCCCGUAUAGAGAAACGAAUGUGGUCUUUGGCCAUUCUAAACAUUGCGCUCGACCCAACAGCAUCGAUUUUGACAGCCACGCCAGAACCUUACAUACUACGUUUUCCAUAUGAGGUGGUUCUUUACGGCCUGAUUGGCACGCUAUCCGCUCACACCUCUGCGUGGCUCAUUGGACGCGGUGGCAGGGGACCACCCAGAGAAUAUGCCGACGUCAAAGCUCAAAGGGAGGUGCCUACGUUCUACAACAAUCGCUGUCUUUUGACAGGUACGAUGAAGCCGCAAGGUGCACAUAUCAUUCCUGUUCGAGCAAAAGCAGUCAACCGUAUGGAUACUUGGAACACAUUGAGUAUGUUCUGGCCAUUGCCUGAAGUUGAAACCCUGGACUUGCACGGUCGCGAGAGGGAAAACAUCCUCCCGUUGACGCACACAGUUCAUGAUAUGUGGGACUCUUUCCAUUUUGGAAUCCGUCCCAUUGAGCAUCCAACCAACCCCCAGCACCACCUUUACAUCCAAAUGGUAUGGCUUAUUGACAUGAAUGGUGACCGCGUGGAAUCCGACUGGAGUCACGCCGGCUUUGGCAGCGCCAGUGACUACCGGCGCGGCAGCACUCCCAACUUCCCUGCCGUACAGCACGGUGACGUCUACGAGCUAGAGACGGAUAAUCCGACCACGGAACCACUUCCGAGCUUGCAUUUCUUGCAUAUACAGUAUGCCAUCCAUAAAAUCAUGGCAGGAAUCAGGGCCGCUGGAUCGCUCAGGGAGCUCUUCAACGACGAUCCGCCUUCGGACGUGGGAGGCUACGGUGCUCGUGUCGACAAUAUCGAUGACAUAAACGACAUUGCUGAUAUUGACGUGCCACCGAUGUGGCAGCCGAUCCUGGAGGCAGCCGUGAAUGCUGGCGUCCUGACCAAAGAAAAGGCACUUCUUUGGGGCAAAGCCUUUUCGAAAGAGGCCAAGGACAAGGCAGAAGCAGACGCGGAGGCAGAGGCAGAGCUAGCUAAUUUGGGAGAUAACAAGGAAGCCAACGUACCUCAGAUAGACCCUUAG